GAUAUGUCGGCCGCGACACCAAACUCAGCAGGUGGGUGCUACGUGGGGGUCCAGGGCCAAGACGGAGGUAGGAAACAUGAAUCAUGGUACAUGGGUUCGAUCCUCCGUUACGUAUGGGAGCCUUGAGUUGAGGGUUGACGACGGAAAAGGGCUGAGGUUUGCACUUUUUGCGUCUGUGAAUUCACCCGUCUUCUCGUAGUUUGGCCUAUUGGUCGUUUUGUAAUAAUAGUUGCUAUCCUGUUUCCAUAAAUUCUGCGGCUGUACUGUCUCCUGAGUUGAACAUUCAGACCAAAAUUUUACUUCUCAUAAGUAACAUCAACAUCGGAAAGGUAGACCUGGAAGAAAACACCUCAGCCAUGUCUCCCUCAGCAACUCUCUCCAACGGAGCAACCAACGGCUCAACCAACGACUACGCUCCCACCGCCGUAUCAUUAUCAUCCAUCCUAAAGCCCGGGAUCUACGUGCCCACCAUCGCCUUCUUCACCCCCCAAGACACCAUCGACGCCACUACGACCCAAACCCACGCCAUCCGCCUGGCCCGGUCCGGCGUCGCCGGCCUAGUAACCCACGGCUCCAACGGCGAAGCCGUGCACCUUGAUCAUACCGAACGCGUUCUCAUCACCCGUCUCACCCGCGACGCCCUCGACGGAGCGGGCUACUCCCACCUGCCCCUCAUCGUCGGCUGCGGCGCGCAAAGUACACGGGAGACGAUCCAACUGUGUCAGGAGGCCGCUGCGGCGGGCGGCACGUACGUACUUGUCUUACCACCUGCUUAUUACGGGGGUCUGUUGACGACGGGGCAUAUACUCGAACAUUUCCGUGAGGUGGCUGAUAAGUCCCCGGUGCCGGUGUUGAUAUAUAAUUAUCCAGGGGCUUGUAGUGGAUUAGAUCUCAGCUCAGAUAGUAUUGUGAAGUUGGCAGAGCAUCCGAAUAUCUGUGGUGUGAAGCUGACGUGUGGGAAUACCGGGAAGUUGGCUCGCGUCGUGGCUGGUACGGCUGAGAAGAAGAAGGGGGAUGGUAGGUUCUUGACGUUUGGAGGGAGUGUGGAUUUUGUGCUGCAGACGUUGGCCGUUGGUGGACACGGGACUAUUGGGGGAUUGGCCAAUAUUGCGCCUAGGGCCUGUGUUGAGUUGAUGAGGCAAUGGCAGCUGGGGAAGUAUGAGCAGGCGAGGAAGCUGCAGCAAGUUGUUGCUGCGGGGGACUGGACUGCUAUUCAGGGUGGCUUUAUUUCUGUCAAGGUUGGGUUGCAGAAGUAUUAUGGGUAUGGAGGUGAACCGAGACGGCCAUGUAGGAUGCCUGAAGGCGAGGCUAGGGCGGCGCAGGAGGAGGGGUUUGCAGAGCUUGUGAAGGCGGAAAGGGCGUUGGAGAAAUAAUGGCUUCCAGGUCAUUCCAUUAGGGGUUACUGCAAAGAUGAGGCAAUUAGAGAAUCACCACUUUAACAUGUUAAGCAGUGUGGAAUAUCAUCCACCUACAUUAUGAGUAUCGUAUUUACUCCAAGGAAUUUCCACC